AUGGAUUUUUCGUUUUGUAUCCAAAACGAGAUCCGAUUCCACAUAAGAAAUUCUCAGAUAGAGAUGAUUCUUGGGAUAAAAAAGAAAACUCUGAAUGUGCACAAAUACUGGGGUUGUGAUGCCAAUGGUGACAAUUCAUGUAUAAGGCUGACGGAUUCACCUCUAGAAGCCAAUGCAAAAAUCCAAUCCAACUUAGAUCACAAUUCACCAACAAGGAAUCGAGAAUGAGAAGACUACUUCAUUGCAUUGCAUUGUAUUCCGUGACAUGAGUUCAAACUCUUUUUACUUCUUCUAUCUGUUAUAACUUGAAGUGUGUGCAU